UGUUGACUUAUGUUAUGCACUAAAAGGCAAACAAACAAACAUUUAAUUGAAUUUUAUAUUAAAUUCAAUCAAUUUGUAGCCAUUGUUGACAUUAAUGUGUGUUUUGUGACCUUUCGGUCGCAAUAGUGGUCACUGACCAACACAUACCCGGACUCUAUGUGACCACUUGUGAGUCGGACAUAGCUAUUGACAAUUAAAGGGUGUGUCCACACAAUUGUAAGCAUUAGUAAUGUGUGACAAUAGUGAUGACAUCGGUGUCCUCGAUCUCGACCACAGCUUUCGAUCAUUGACCUCACGGACUGAUGUUAAGCGUCGGCUACACAAUGGCGUCGAGAAGCGACGUAAAGACAAAAUCAAUUACUGGAUCUAUAAGUUGGCCGAUCUUUUGCCACAUAAAGAGCCUAAACGGGAGUCAAAGACACACUUAUUGGAGAAAUUAUACGAUUAUAUCAUUCAUCUGAAGGACAAAAGUGAUGCAUAUCUUUAUGGAAAUAGCAAUCAAAUUAAUGCUAUUCAUGUUGAAGAGAUCCGACGUCUKAACAGACGUUGYAAGGAAUUGGAAGAAAAGAAUUGUAAUUAUUUUCAUUUGUUGGAAUCGACGGGAAUUUCCCCCAAUUGUUCCGCAAUUGAUGUUCACUUUGAAAGACCAAUGAAGUACUCGAAGAAAAUUACUGAACAACAGCUAAACCAGUUCUUGGAAAAAAAUCCGAAGAGAAGAGGAGAUCAGAUGAGUGAUUCAGAUGACAAUAGUUCAUUGGGUUCGGUCUCCAAGAAAAUAAAGUCAUUCUUAAAUAAAUCGAAGAAAUCCAAAGACAGAGACAGAUGUAUGAAUCGAAAUAAAUCGAUACCAACACCACUGUUGCCAAACACAUCCAAUAUCCAGACAAACAAUCAUAUAUUAAAUGAACCGCUACUCAUAAUGAAUGACCAGAAUAUGUCGUCUUCGGUUGGCUCUAAUGAUGAGACAAUUCCCCGAUUGAUUGUCACAAAUUCUUCUGGAAAUGAAGUCAACUCAUUGAACACAUUACAAAUCCGUCCAACAACUGGUUCACAGCAAUCAAUUCAAAUAUUAUCUACCGGUGCUUCACUCGACAGUUUACAAUCGUCAACAAAUCAUAUAUCAUCAGCUCAGCCAUUGAUAUUGAAUCUGAGUCAACCACAAAUACCGGUGCAAACACAGCCGCAAACUACAGCACUUUUAUUGCCAAACGGACAGAUAUUAUCGAUUGUAAAUCCACCUCAGAUUACACAACAACCUAUGAUUUUAUCUAAUAAUUAUAGUAUUGUUUUACCGCCGACUCAACCAAACAGUACCGGUAUAUCACAACCGACUAUAUUGAGUGGACAAACGGUACAAACAGAUAACAUAGCAUCGAAUCUCAAUACAAAUACAAUYAAAAUAAUUAACUGUCAAAAGGAUACAAUUAAGAAAACUAAAUCCACUGUCGAUAAUAAAGCUAAAGAGUUAACCACAACAAUAGAGUCCAUACCUGUCGAUGGAUCACCUAAACUAAAGAAUAAAGUUAAGGCUAAGACUAUUUGUACUCAAACAGAAAACCCGAUUGAAGAACCAAAACAAUUAAAACCACAACAACAACAAGUUUUACAAAAGUCUACAAACAAAGAUCAACAAACAAAUGGGGAACAGAUUGUAAAGGAUAAAGUGUCACAAAUUAAAGAAACACAACAACAAUCUGAAGAACAAAAACAAUUACUUAACAAAUCUCAACAACAAAAACCAGAACAACAACAAAGCGUACAACAAACACAUCUUAAACAACAACAACCAUCACAACCACAACAACAGCAAUCACAACAAAAUCAAACUCAAACGCAACACAAUUCGUCACAUUUGAUUCAAACCAAUAAUAAACAACAAAUGACUCAACAAUCAGAACAACAACAACAACAACAAUAUCAAUCACAACAACAACUUCAACAAAUGAAUCAACAACACACACAACAACUUCAACAACAACAACAUCAGCAUCAACAACAACAACAACAACAGUUACAACCWCGACAACAACAAUCGGAUCAUCAAUCGCAGCAACAGACUAAACCUCAACAAUCACAACCUCAAGCACAACCCCAACAACAAAUGCAAUCUCACCAAUCAAAUCAACAGCAGUCACAAUCACGAACUCAACAACAACAACAACAACAACAACAAAAUAGUCAACAACACAGUCCUGUUGUCUAUACAAACAAUAAUUCAAAUAUACAACAAAAUAAACGGUCGAAUAGUAAUAUAAAUGAUAAUACAUUUGGUUUUACAAACUUUAUGGACACUAAUUUGGAAAGUUAUGAUAAUAACAAUCAGUCGGGAUUAUACAUACCAACCAAUACAACACUUCCAGAUAUGAAUAAUACUAACUUAAAUACUUAUCCGAGAAAUUCACGAAAUAACGAUAACAAUAACAAUCGUUUUUGCAAUUAUUUGCAUACAAAUAGCAAUCAAAGCUCUAAUAUUUCCGUCAAUACGAGUCAACAUAACUCAAGAACUGGUUGUUUCUUCUCUAAUACCACAUCAAACACGACAUACUUUCCAACGACAUCUUCGACACCAUUUCCUGCAUUAUUACCGAGUUCUGCCUCGCCUUUUGAUGCGACCAAUCAUUUUAGUGGUGCCCACAGACCCGCUAUGUUUACCAAUAGUUUUAUGCCUGACUUCAAUACAUCAUUCGUUAAUACCGCAGCUAAUAAUCCAUUGCCUUCUAUUACAGGAUCCAAUUUCAAUGUAAAUCCAUCGAUUAAUAUUAACACUACUUCUAACAGUUCCAGUAAUGCAAAUAAUGGUAAAACACGUGAAACACAGUCCAACAACUCAAGCAAUUCAAGGAAUUCGUCAGUUAAUAGAAGUCCUAAUCCAUCGAAAUCAUCGAAAAUUAGUUCAAAUAAUGGAUUGARUAAUAAAUCAAACUCAAAGCAAAAUAACAAAAAUAAUAAUAAUACCCAUUCAGACACUUCUAGUUCAUCUGCGACAACAAACUUGUUUCGACAUUUGAGUGAUAAUUAUUUUUCAAUGAAUGAUUUAAUGUCUUUGUCAACAAAUACUUCUCAUUCAAAUAAUACAAACAAUAGUGGUAAUAGUAAUAGUAAUAAUAAUAAUAAUAAUAAUAAUAAUAAUAAUAAUAAUAAUAACAACAACACAACUAAUAACAAUAGUAGUAGUAGUAGUAAUAAUAAUAAUAAUAAUAAUAAUAAUAAUAAUACAAAUAAUAACACGAAUAAUAAUAAUAGCGGUAACAAUAGAUAUACCACUUUAACGAGUAGUCAAACACAUAGUAAUAGUAGACAACAAGCUAUGUCUUCGUCGAUAUCUUCAAAUAAUAGCUCAAAGAACACGACUUCUACAGCGGACACAAGUUCUUCAUAUUCAUUGUUCAGACCGCACACAACAGUGUCGAGUGAUUCAAAUCAAACAACAAAUGUUUCAAAUGCACCCAAUUUUAGUGUCACAUCACUGUAUAAUUCCAACCGAUCGGUGCCUCCGCCCACAGCAUCGUCUCAUUUUGGGUCAAGUAAUGCACCGACACAUCACUCAUCACACGCAACCAAUUUUCACUUAAGCAAUAUAUUUCCUGAUAUCGAUUCCAACGAUAGCUUACCAUUAUCUCCAAUAAAAUUUGCUGCACCACCACCACCGCCUCCUGUAGCACCUGUAGUUACACCAUCAAUGGGCCCAACUUUGGAUAACUCGACUAUGGAUAUGAAUAAUGGUGUUUACCAAACACCGACAACAUGGAAGCCAUCGGGACAUCACCAGAAUUUAUAUCAUUCACACCACUCUAAUGUCAGAAUACCGACACAUCAUAAUUCAUUCAAUACCUUAUUGAGUUCGGGUUCACACAAUACCAACUCAUUUGAUCCUCAAAUUACCGUAAAUAAUAGGACGACGUCCACUCCCCAUAUGUCGACCAUCGGUGCUCCUAAUAGUACGGGACAUAUGGCGCCAACAUUUGCUGCACCAACACAUCCACAUACUAACGAUUCUUAUGCUAAUAAUAUCGUCCCUUCUUUUAAUUUUUAG